AUGUUUCAGCUACUCGCUGUUAUAUUCUGCGUUCCAACUCGUUUCGCUACUAUUCAAUAUGGAAAUGUUGUAAAAAAGAACGAUGGUCAGGAGACAACCAUUAAUCUUGAUGAUAUUGAUUCAAAGUUGCUCGUCAAUAUUCUCCAACCGGUUCUCAAUGCUCGUCUGGAAAAACGUUUGUGUGAUAUUGAAGAAAGAUUAAAACAAGUUGAACGUGAUAUAGCUGGUAAUAACGAACGAGUGGACGAAAUGGAAAGAUAUAAUAGAUCAUUCAACCUUCGCUUUCUAAACGUGCCGCCUGCGAGAAACGAAGAUCCUGUUCAGUUAGUGAUAAAUGUAGCGUAUGAAAUGGGAAUUGAAAUCGAUUACGAUUCAGUUGAAACUGCUCACCGUAUCCCGGCUAAACAGAAGAAGUUAGGUGCUCUGAAAUAUCCACCAGUAUUAAUAGCAAGAUUUCAUUCUCGACCGAUUCGUCGUCAAGUUUUAUCUUCAAAAGGAGCUUUGUCUCAACUACAUGCACAACAUACAUUUUCAAAACUGGAAAUAUCUGAUGAUCUAUCACGUCACAACCUUGAAAUCUUCUCAGCAGCGCGAGCAAAAUUAGAUAAAGGCGAACUUGCUGGGAAACGUAUUCAUUUCAAUUCCGUUAAUAGUAUCGAUGCGAUUUCCUAUCAGACACAGAUUCAGAAUCCAGCUCAAACUGAUUCAACGAGCUCACAACUUGGGUAAAUAGAAUAUGACUCAUUAUUGACACUGUUAAGUUUAAAAAUGCUCAUAGUGUUUUUUUCUUUCUUCCUUUCCUUUAGUUUCUUCCUUCUAGUUAAACUACUGUUGAUAGUGUAUAGGUUGACAAUCUUUGCAUCAUUCGUCAUAGGCAUGACUACAAACACAAAACAUUUUUUUACUCU